AUGCUCUUCACUCCCAGCAACGAUAUACCCCAGCUCAGCGGGAAGGUGAUCCUUGUCACUGGAGGAAAUUCCGGUCUCGGUAAAGCCGCGGUGGUAGAAUUCUGUCGCCACCAGCCGGCUCAGGUCUGGCUCGCGGCUCGCAACCUGGAUAAGGCCCAAGCUGCUGCCGACGAAAUCAAGCAGCAGCUUCCUCAUGCACCUAUUAAGGUGCUACAUGUUGACCUGUCCUCCUUUGAUUCCGUAAAGAACGCCGCGAAAGCAUUCAUGUCCAGCUCCGACCGGCCAGAGCGAGGAUGGCUAUGA